AUGCUGGCACGAAAGAAGAGCGCUGUACAGUUCACUAGCAUUGGAUCGAUACCGUCGAAAACUGAAACCAUCGAGAACGCAACCACCGAAGGUCAUAUCGUCUGGAUGCCACCCGCUGCCGCUGCCGUAGCUGCUGUGGCGUAUGUCUACUUCUACGCGAUACUCGGCCUAGGAUACUGGGCAGAGGCACUUGGAGUUCCUGUCCAGUAUUUGUGUGUGGAUCGGUCUGAAUGUCUGCUCCAAGUCAAAACCUUGGAACUGCACGAAUACGUCUCCGCGAUAUCACUAGUAAUUGUGAAAGGGUUACUCUCCACUGUUACAGUUCUUGUUGUUCUCGAAACGUUCACCAAUAUCAAGCCCAUCCACCAGAUGAUCUCAUUCACCAUUCAAGUUACAACAAUACUUGUGAAACUGCCACUCGUUCUGUGCAUGUAUCUCGUUCGCUGGAUUCUGCAUCACUGCCUCCUUCUGUGUAUCGGAAUUGUCAUCUACAUUUCUCAAUAUCUGUUCGAGCCCGCUCCCAACAGUCCUCCAUUUUGCGGAUUUGACUCAGUUAUCCCGGAGGAAUCGGACCCUGGCGACAGUGGAGUACCUGAAAGCCAGGAUUCGAAGUAUUUCUACGAAGACGGGAAUCUUUUCUUUGUUGUCAGGCCUGACAACGUGCUGUUCAAGAUCCACCACUCUCGUCUCCCUGUCGACAUAUUCUUUGCGACAUUCAAGCCACCGCUUGUGCCAGACAUUAUACCCGUAUAUGAUAAUGUCAAUGAUUUCCGGGCUCUCUGUUGGGCCUUCUACGCGUCGCAAGAGGCGAUUUUGGACCAAUGGCCAGGCACUCAAGACGCUAGACGGCCGGUGGAUAUUCUCAGACUUGUCGCAAUUGUUCGUAUGGCCACGAAAUACACCUCGUCGUCUCUUCAGUCAUGGGGUCUCCGCUGCAUCCGGGCUCAUGCCACACUGCCGUCCAACAAUUACUUUGACACUUGUCCGACUUCGUCAUUACUCGCGACCUGCAACGCAGUUCUGGAUACUCCGGACAACGAAUGGCAUUCCCUUUCCACCACUAUCGAAAACAAAUGGAUUGCGCGGCUGACGGCGGGGGGUCUUCAGGGUCAAUUGCGCGCGGCGCUUGACUUUGGAGAAGCGCGAGGCAGAAAUCGCUUUCUUGCUGAAGCCUAUUACCAACAUGCGGUCCGAAUGGCCUUGCUUGCCCCCAUAAAAGCGCGUUCUCCUGUCCUUGCUGCGUCAGAAGUCUCAGAGUCACUCACGGCUGCGCAAGAUGCGAGGCUCUCGAAGGGGUUCAGGGAGCUCAUUCUCUAUCGGGACUCGAUUCCUCCAAAGCUGUCGAACUUCCAUGACCCGCACUGCAGGCGAUCAUAUACGGUUGCGCUCCCAGUGUUUACCACAUAUGAUGUCAGGGCCGCGCUGAGUCUUGCGAUGAACGUUACAGCGCAGGAUGGGUGUCUGUGCAGGAGGAACAAGCUGAGCACCAUGCGGGAAGCCUUUGACCCGGUGGACUUUUUUCUUGUCUGA